CUGAAUUUUACUUGUUCUCAUUGUGAAGUUCAAUCUUCAAAGGAUCUCUUUUUUACUUCCUCCUUGUAAAAGCCUCUGGUAUACUGAAGCCCUCAUUUGGGUCUCUGAUGAAAACUGUUGUAAGUUUUUUUUUUUUGAGGCUAUGGCAUUGAGGAUCAAGAAAUUCUCCUAGUAUUCAUUUCUGGAAAGUCUUAUCAAUGACUGAUCCUUUAUGGGUUUGGCUGAGAUUCAGCUUGAAAAAUAAAUAAGAAACUGCAGGUUUUUGUCUCCUGAGCUCCAACAGUGAAGUUUUAGGGGUUUUAUGGAUACCCAAUUUCAGGGAAUGGUUUUAUAAGGGUUUUAUAUGCCAACUUCAGCAAAUUUCAGAGUUUUAUGUCUCAGGGUUCUAUUUGAUAUACCAAUUUUAGCAAAGAUUUCAUGUUUUGGGGUCUUUUUCUUUUGAUACCCAAUUUCCAGGAAAUUCCUUAAUUUAGUGCUUUGGGAUUUCUUUCAGACUCCCAAUCUCAGGAUAUUCCAUUGUUUGGUCUUUUAGGGUUCUUCUCAGAACCCAAUUUCAGGAAUUUGCAGAGGGCGUUUGUUGUGGCAUUUAAGGGCUUUUAAUAUCCAGGAUUACAAGAAUACUAGCUUUUUAAUAUAAAUCUUACUGUAGAGUUAUUAACAAAAAUAAGAAUACCAGGUCAGAUUCUUUGAAUUAGAGCUGGUUAGCAACUUAGUAUAUGAUAUACACCACUGGAAAGAGGAAUCACUGGGGGCAUCUGCUUUCUACUACUCUCUCUAACAUUCCUUUACCUGUCUAAUGUGUUGUGUUAGUUAAUGCCAUUCUUUGCUUCCUGUCUCCCUUUAUGCUCUGAACACUUACUUUUCCUGUUUGUGGGGCAUUAGCAGUGGAUCAAUCUAAUGGUGGAGAGGUAAAGUUAUAUCUUUGGUGGAUGGUGGAUUUUAUCUCUGACUGGUUUGUGGGCUUACCUUUUCUUUCUCUCUCUAGGAUGCUGUUUUCUAUAAAUACUUUUCCCACUUUCACCUUCUUGGAACUCUAGAGAGCAUAAAGCUGCUAAGCGUCCUUUGUUCCUUCUUGUGUCCUACAAGAAAUUACCAGUUGUUAUUCCAGUCAAAUGCUCCUUGCUUUAGUUAGGGCUUAUUGCUUUUUCUCCAUUUAGAUAAUAUCUUGGGCUUAAUUAAGGUCAAUGCCUUAGAUAAUUCGGCUUCAGUAGUAACUUUAGGGGAAGAGAGAAUUGGGUUAUCAUUUUCUAAGCAUGGGUACUGUUGGAGGGGAUGACUUUGGGUUUGGAGAAAAAAAUGAAAACCUUCUGGAUUACUGGAACCCUGCAUCUUGUCCAAAUUUGCAUUGUGAUAAGUUCAUGAAGAGUAGCACUACUAGUUCAGUUUCUCUAUGUAAACCAGCUCCUUUUAUGGAUGGAGCAUGUUCUUCUGGUAGUAUGAGCUGUUCUUCCUUGACCACUGGCUGCGAUCUUCAUGCUCUAGAGAGAGAAGAAAUGGGUUUUGAAGGGUCUAUGCUUUCUCCACAUCAGGGUACAUUUCCUUCUCAAGAUAGCCGGUUCUCUGAGAUAGCUAGUCCUUUUGAUCCUUUUCUAGAUACCUCGAUUGUUCAGGCUACUUCUCCUACAGAGCAACCAUCAAAGGAUCAUCAUAGAAAUGUUGGGAACUCUGGAGUUUCAAUUGGUAGACUUGAUGGAAAGAAAAGGAAACGAACGGCUGAAAAUCCCCCAAUUGAAUCUUCUUCCCAAUUCAACAGUGUGCAGACUAUCAAAGAAGAUGAGAAGAGAGAUGUUAAAUCUUCAAAAGGGGAUGAUGAAAUGAAGUCUAAGAUUGUUCAAAAGCCAGGCGCAAACACAGCUAAGCCUAGUUCGAAACAAGGUAUGGAGCAACCACAAAAUGGUGAUGCUCCAAAGGAGGGUUACAUCCAUGUUAGAGCCAGAAGAGGCCAGGCCACUAAUAGCCACAGUCUUGCAGAAAGAGUGAGAAGGGAAAGGAUAAGUGAGCGUAUGAAGUUUUUGCAAGAUCUUGUUCCAGGAUGCAGUAAGGUUACUGGGAAAGCAUUAAUGCUUGAUGAGAUAAUCAAUUAUGUGCAGUCACUGCAAAAGCAGGUUGAGUUCCUGUCGAUGAAGCUUGCCACUGUCAAUCCACAGAUGGACUCCAAUAUUGAAAGAAUUCUUUCAGAAGAUCUACUGUCUAUGAAGCUUGCCAUGAAUAACCUACAGGUGGAGUCUGAUAUCCAAAGGAUCCUCUCGAAAGAUAUUCUUAAUUCACAAGGUGGUGUCCCAUUGCUUCUUGAUUUCAGUCCAGGCCAUUGCUUGUCUGACCCUUUUGUCAAUUCAUCUAGACAAGGAACAUCACAUGCAGGAACGGCAGCUCGCAGUAUAGAAAACACAAUACCAGGUGUUUGGGAUGAUGACCUACAUAGCAUUGUGCAGAUGGGUUUUGGCACUGAAGUUCCUUUUGACAUAGAGCCAAAUAGCAAGAUUACGAGGUAGUUGAUUGGGCUUUUUCCUUCUUUUCUUUCUUUGGUUAUUUGAUUGGUUUCAUCAUCUCUUUGGGUUGGUUUUGUUGGCUUCCUUAACCACUACUCGGUAUUCUCAGUUCUCAAAAGGAGUGGAAUAGAAUGCAUAGUCUUUAACCUUACUGUUUGUCUUAUGUUUGGGGUGGCAAAGAUUAUCCCCAUCCAUUUAAACUGAUUCUGUGAUAGAUGUGUGGUCUGAAACCUCCUGAUCCUUUGGUUCAUUCUUCGAGUUUUAUCAGAAGAGAUGAUUUGAUUGACUAAUCCAAUGUAUAUGUAGAGACCUUAGAAGGGAUCUCUCAAGUGUCAUGUAAUGUGGUUCUAUUAACCAGAAAGAACAAAGAAAAAUGUAAAAGGGGUGAAUUGCUUGGGUUAUGAAGUGAAUGAGUUUUGUUUGUAUUGAAGCUAAAGAGCAUCGGAA